UCGCGCCUUCACUUCUUCUUCUUAGUCUUCAUUCAUCAGUUUCAGUCUUCAGACCUCGGCAGACUGUAGUCGGCACGACAAUCAGUACGAGGUAGCACCGUCGCACGUCUCAACCUCACCGUCAGCCCUGAUCUCUGUCCCAGCGGUCUAGCCUUCGUCGAGCUUCCAGCACCGGAUCCAGAUGGAGGAAGAAGAUAAUUAUGUGGAAUAUGUACCGGUUACAAAACGAAGGGCUAUUGAAGCUCAGAAGAUGCUUCAUCGUAAAGGGAAAUCUUCUACCCUUGAAGAUGAGUUGGAGACGGAAAAACUUGCUGAAGCUAAGCCUAGCUUGUUGGUGCAAGCAACACAGUUGAAGCGUGAUCAACCUGAAAUUACCCAUACAGAGCAUCUAGUACAACAAGAAAAGGAGAUGAUUGAGCAUCUGUCUGACCGAAAGACACUAAUGUCUGUUCGUGAAUUAGCCAAAGGGAUAACUUACUCAGAAGCCUUGUUGACAGGAUGGAAGCCGCCUUUAAAAAUUAGAAGGUUCCCUUUAAAAGAAUGUGAAUCCAUUAGAAAGCAAUGGCAUAUAAUUGUUCAUGGUGAUGAUAUCCCACCACCAAUAAAGAAUUUCAAGGAUAUGAGAUUGCCAGAGCCUGUUUUAGCUAAGUUAAAGGAAAAAGGAAUUGUCCAACCCACACCUAUUCAAGUCCAAGGACUCCCAGUGAUUUUGUCUGGAAGGGAUAUGAUAGGGAUUGCUUUUACUGGUUCUGGAAAGACAUUAGUGUUUGUGCUGCCGUUGAUUAUGGUGGCAUUGCAAGAAGAGAUGAUGAUGCCUAUUCUUCCAGGGGAAGGGCCUUUUGGAUUGGUCAUCUGUCCUUCAAGAGAACUUGCUAGGCAAACAUAUGAGGUUGUUGAAGAGUUCUUGAUCCCGAUGAGGGAGUGUGGUUAUCCGGAGUUGAGGCCUUUACUUUGCAUUGGUGGAGUUGACAUGAAGUCACAAUUAGAUAUCGUGAAAAAAGGCGUGCAUAUAGUUGUCGCCACUCCAGGGAGGUUGAAGGACUUGCUUGCCAAGAAAAAGAUGAGUCUUGAUAAUUGCAGGUAUUUAACAUUGGAUGAAGCAGAUAGGCUAGUUGACCUCGGAUUUGAAGACGAUAUAAGAGAAGUAUUCGAUCAUUUCAAAGCACAAAGACAAACACUUCUAUUUUCUGCAACAAUGCCCACAAAGAUCCAAAACUUUGCCAGAAGCGCCCUAGUGAAGCCAGUUACAGUUAACGUGGGAAGAGCAGGAGCAGCAAAUCUUGACGUGAUUCAAGAAGUGGAAUACGUAAAGCAAGAGGCUAAAAUCGUUUACCUUCUCGAAUGCCUACAGAAGACUCCCCCACCCGUUCUAGUAUUCUGCGAGAACAAAGCCGACGUGGACGAUAUUCACGAAUAUCUCCUGCUGAAAGGAGUGGAAGCGGUCGCGAUUCACGGAGGGAAGGACCAAGAAGAGAGGGAAUACGCGAUCGCGUCGUUCAAAUCGAGCAAGAAAGACGUCUUAGUAGCGACUGAUGUCGCUUCUAAGGGUUUGGAUUUUCCGGAUAUUCAGCACGUGGUUAACUACGAUAUGCCUGCGGAAAUUGAGAAUUACGUGCACAGGAUUGGAAGAACCGGGAGAUGUGGGAAGACUGGUAUUGCGACGACCUUUAUAAAUAAGAAUCAAAGUGAGACAACGCUUCUUGAUUUGAAGCAUUUGUUGCAAGAGGCUAAGCAGAGGAUACCUCCGGUUUUGGCAGAGCUGAACGAUCCAAUGGAGGAUGCGGAAGCUAUAAAUAGCGUGACGGGUGUUAAAGGUUGUGCUUAUUGUGGUGGGUUAGGUCAUAGGAUUAAGGACUGUCCUAAGCUUGAGCAUCAGAAAAGUCAGGCCAUUGCUGGGUCUAGGAGAGAUUAUUUUGGAUCUGGUGGUUAUAGAGGGGAGAUAUAGAAGAUUACUCAGAUGUUGCCUCCUUUUCUUGCUUUUACUAUGUUUGUUGUACUGUUUUUUCUAUUUUUAUUGUUCUUUACAAGUU